AAUUGCAAGGCAAUGCUCAGCCCAAACGGCUGCGCUACAAGUACAUCUUGUUCUUUUUCGGCGUACAGCUCGUCUGUCUGGUCGUCGUUGCUCGCUUUAUGGGAUUGUCGGUAUCGAUACAGUUCGCGAGUACACACACCGGCACCAGAGAUCUGCACAUGCGUCACGACGCUCCCGCACAACAGCCUUGCUCCUGCACAGCCCCGGAAUCGAUACCGAACAAGGAAUCGAUACCGAACAAGGAGUCGAUACCUAACAAGGAAUCGAUACCGGACAACGAAGCGAAACCGAACAAGGAAUUGACACCGGACAAGAAAGCGAUACCAAACAAGGAAUUGAUACCGGACAAGGAAUCAAUACCGAAUAAGGAAUCGAUACCAAAUAACAACAGCAGUGUAUCCCAACUGGAUGCUAGAAUCGAUACCAGAGGUGCAUCUUUAUCAGCCGAGGCUCACUUUUCAAAAACCGGACACUAUGUGUUUCAGAAAUCGAAAUACACCUGCUCGACGAUCAUCGAGGGAAACAUACCAGAGCAGGCGAAGCGACACGGGUACGUUGUGAAGAACUACCCGCAUGCAAACAUAGAUCAAAGCACGGGCUUUUACGAGUGGAGUUCAAGGGAUAAAUACACCUCCACCAUCGCAGUCGAGGAAAUUGACGAGGAGCUGCUGGCUAAAAUCAAGGAGUAUAUUCCGCAUAUUUGGAGCGCCUACUGGCCGUUCUCGCCCGACUACCGGAACCCGUGCCGUGUGGAGCCCGGCAAGGCCCACUGCCUGCCCUACUUCCACAUUCUGACCGGAGCCAAGAGCGGCUCCACCGACUUCUGGUACUCCCUGCAGCAGCAUCCGAUGCUCUUCACCACGCACAAGGAGCCGCACUGGUGGACCCGUGACAAGAAACACUCAAUUAAGCUCUACGAAAAAUCCUUCGGCCAUUUUCAGGAGUGCAUCGAGAAGGGGAAGGAUCCAAACAACCACAAUUACGUAACAGGUGACAGCUCGACAAGUUCUCUAUGGGACAACCAUCUCACUAUAGAGUGGUCGGAAGAGAAAGGCUUGGGAAAGUACCCGACAGUGUUACUUGCUGACAUCAUCCGCGCUCUGACUCCCAACGCCAGAAUCAUCUUCCUGCUUCGAAACCCAAUCGAGAGAUUGUACUCGGAUUAUUAUUACAUAUAUGGCGGGAGAUCUGCGCAGAGUUUCGAUGCCUUGGUGAAAAAGUACCUGAACAUUUUCAACGAUUGCCUGAAGCGGGAGGAUGAACGCACGUGCGCUUACAGGCUCAACCGUGGUAAUGCAGGAAACAGCAUCUUUGUCGGGCUGUAUAUGAUCUACGUCCGAGACUGGCUCCGGCGAUUCCCCCUCGAGCAAGUGCUGUUUCUGCGGAGCGACGACUGGUUCAAGGGUCAGAAACCAGACAUGCUACUGAAAACGUAUCACUUUCUUGACAUUGACGUCACCAAGGAUGAGAUGAGGGACAUCCUGACGAUAGACACUUUGAAGAUCACCAUCGGAAAGGAGAACGUCUUGAGGUCGUCCGGUCGGAAGAAGAAGAAUCCCAUGCUGCCGUCGACGAGGCAAUUACUGGAGAAAUUCUACGAACCGUCAAACAGGGCAUUAGUCGAGCUCACAGGCAAUGACGGGUUUCUUUGGAAAGACUGACUCUCCUGAGAAAUCUAUUUAAAAACAUAUGGAAAAAAAGACAAUUGUCCAAUGCUUCAGAUGUCUCUGUGUUAUAUUAUUUGACGAUGAUAAUGUAGUAUCCAGAAUCCACUUCAGCGGUUGUGUACAAAGUCUGUGAAGAGCCAAGAACAUUUUAAAAGUAUUUCCUGACAAAAUUGAAAUGUUUCUCAGUCCAAGGUUCAUGUCUGUUCAACAUUUUCUGCAAUUUCUGACCUUUAUUGAGAUGAUUGGGUCCUAUAUAAUUUAAAAAAAAAGAGGCGUCAGGGUGCAAUAUUCUUUCCUGUUUGACUGCUUUAUAUUUUCCCCACUUCAAUCUAACUUUGACCAGACAUUGCGUAUUUGCAAAAUAAGUGAAACAUUAUGUAUUCAUUUAUUUCAUUCAGUAAUUACAGCUUCAUUUCACUACGUGCCAUCGUGGGUUUUUUUAAAAAUAAUUUCCAAACGAAAAGUGAAUUGUUUUGUAUAAAAAUUGCAAAUUACUUUCUUUUUAAUGAAUGGAAUUAAAAAUCAGUUGUAAUGGGAUUUUUGUUUAACUGUUGUAUUGUUUUGGGGAAUUACAAGAUGCUGAUUUACGCCUUCGAUCUUUUUGUCAUUUGUUUCUGGUUAAAAAAAUUGAUGUAUGUAAAAAAUGAUGAUUAAAACUGAUGUAUUAAUAUACAGGGUGAGUCACAAAAAAAA